AUGCCGUCCCUCCGAAACAUUCUCCACAAGCGCGAAGACCUCUCGAUCAACACAUCCACAGAAAACCCAACACCCAUGACCCCACCCCCCGAGUUCACCUUCAUCCGCUCAGACACCUUCGGCGAAGAAGUCAUAACUCCGCCAUCCCACGCAGACGACCCUCCAUUCUCACCUAGAUCGCCUUCGGACUCCCUUGACUCCCCUCGAACAUCCACCAGCACAUCCCGCCGCAGCUUCCAGCUAUUCUCGCGCAACCGAGCCUCCCGCUCAGACUCGCUCUCUAGUCCCUCUUCGCCCCGCCGCGAGCACCGGAUUUCAAACCUCUUGCACCGCGAUGGAGGGCGUAGUCGCAGCAAUUCGCACGACCUGUCUGUGAAUCUUCCCGAGGAUCUGCCGCAGAUUGCGGAUGAUGCGCUUGACAAAGAGGAGCGCGAGGCGUUGUGGGAGAAGAGAGCUACUGUACUUGCGCGGCAUCGUCCGGCAAUGGGAUCACCGUUGCAGUCCGAGUUUGAUAUUUCGGGGGAGUGGGGUGGACAAUCUAGGAGUUCGAGUAGGAGUCGAGCUGGGGAGUUGCAGGAUGAUGCGAAUAUCCAGGAAGCGAUUCGACUUCAUGAAUCGGGUGAUCUAGAACGAUCCACCCAGAUGUUCGGUCAGCUUGCGGAUCGUAAUGGUGCAAAUAACCCUCUUAGUCAGGUUCUAUAUGGACUCGCUCUCAGACACGGUUGGGGGUGCACCGAAGAUAGAAACCAGGCUUACACCUAUCUUAAAACCGCAGCAGACAACGCAGCCGCCGUUGAAUCUGAGGCACUAAAAGCUGGAAUGAAAAAAGGUGGUUCCGCCAAGGGAGAGCUUGUGCUUGCUAUUUUUGAAUUAGCCAAUUGUUACCGUUAUGGCUGGGGCGUGAAGGAAGACGCUGUAGCUGCUAGGAAACACUAUGAGACUGCUGCAAAUCUCGGUGACACCGAUGCUAUGAACGAAGCCGCUUGGUGUUACAUUAAAGGAUAUGGCCAGGAGAAGGGAAAGAAGAGGGAUAAGGAUGAGGAUAAGCGCAUGGCAGCGAAGUAUUAUCGCCUCGCGGAGAAGAACGGUUGCCCUACUGUGGGAAAUUCAUGGAUCUGGAAAGAGAAAUGGGACGAAAAACCGGCCCAUAAGGGAGUUUGA